AUGAAAUAUACAUGCACAACAACAGCUAAAAGUGUUGCUUGCUUUCCAGGCUCUAGCCGAAUUAAUCUUAUUGAUGGUACAUUCAAAGCUCUAUCUGACAUUCAGAUUGGUGAUAAAGUACUUGUUAAUAAACACAAUACUUAUGAACCUGUCAUCUCCUUCAUACAUGCAAAACGAGAAGGUUUAUUUGGCUUUUUAGCAAUCAAUAUACAAUCAGUAAUGUCUAAUUUGUCUUCCACUCUCUAUGUUUCUACUAAUCAUUUAAUUUUUGAUUUUGAUUCUGGUAAAGCAAAAUUUGCUGGAAAAUUUCAUAUUGACGAUCGAGUACAACUUAUUGAAAAUAAUGAAAUUGUUCCUGGUCAAAUUAUAAGUAUUGGAUCAACGAAACAAGAAGGAUAUUAUGCACCAAUGACUCCAUCAGGUACUAUUGUUAUUAAUGGAGUUGUUGCUUCGAAUUAUGCUACAGUAAGCAAUCAUGAUUUAGCUCAUAAAGUAAUGAGUAUUUAUCGAUGGUGGAUUCAUUUAAUUGGAGAAUCGAAAUGGAAUGAAGAAAUUCCUUGGAUGUUACAAAUCAUGUUAACUAUUGAGAAAAUGAUUCGAUGGUGUGGUGGACAAAUAUUUACAAAUAGUUAUAUUUAUGAUGGCAAAUUUGAAGUGUCAUCAUUACCAUGA